AUGGGUCAUCAAAUCAUCUUCGGUGACUAUCACCUGGUGGAGCAGAAAAAUGGCAACUUUGUGGCUCUCUAGUGAUUGUCACCCAACAAAGAGAAGUUAGAUGGAGGUGGGGCACAUGUCAAGGAGCUUCAUCCUCAAGUCCACACAUCAAGAGAAGGCUCUUCAUUGCAUCUGGUAUGCUCUCAGAAGGUGGCGACUUGUCUCCUAGUGGAUCGUCCUCUUCUUGACAAUGGCUUGUUCCUUGAUCAAUUGGAGAUGCUUUACUCGAUGGAUUCGUGAUCCUUUUAUCGUGAGUUGUUCAGCAAUUUUAGUAACAAUGCUCUGCCAAUCGUGCUGACGAGAUUUUUGUCAGUGAUCCAACGAUUUUGGUUGCUAAAUCCUUCACCGACGAUCUGUAGGAAAGUCACGACAAUCAAAUAAAAAAUAAUGAGUUUUGGCUCUUAGAGAAUUCAAACCCAUGCCAAUUGCCCCACCCUUUUUAGGGAAGGUGUGACGUGGUUUAGUCCCACAUCACUUGUGCGUUAAAGUUUCUGGUGAAUAUAUAAUAAUAUUACAUUUCUAAUCAAGUCCCUUUCUCACACAUGUACAACCACCCCUUGCCCCAUAGCCGGCUGGCCACUAGUGACGUGGAAGGGGAGUGGCACACAUGUACCCCAUCACUCCAAGACGCUCAAGCCCUUGCUCGCGGCUACUCCCUAAUUGUGCUUCUAACCCACUUGCAGGCAUGGCUGGCUGACGAGUGAUAAGUCUUCAUUAUCAUAAGUUAAUAAUUAGCAAAUAAUAUAAUUUUAGCCUUAAAUCAUGAUAAAUAGACUUAUAUUUGUGUUAAAGUGUGAAAAGUAGUUUCUAGUUGAUUAACGUGAAUUUUUGGGUAAUUAUGUGAUUUUAUACAAUUUUUAUAGUCUUACUUUUGAGAUAAAUGAGAAAAAAGAAAUUAAAAUAAAAAUAUAACAAAAUGGGGAGGACUCGCCAGCUAGUCAGGCCCGCAAGCGGGUCAAAAGCGCAGUCAGGUAGGAGCCGUGAGCAGGGCUCGAGCAACUUGAACCGAUGGGGGAACGUGUGUGCCACUCCUCUUCCAUGUCACUAGUGGCCAGUCGGCUGUGGGGCAAAGAGUGGUCGUACAUGCAUGAGAGAGGGACUUGACUAGGACUCGAGGAAGAAGCCCUGGCUAACUCCGUGCCAGCAGCCGUGGUAAGACGGGGGGGGCAAGUGUUCUUCGGAAUGACUGGGCGUAAAGGGGCUAUCGGGGAAUUUCCCAUCUUAGUAGGAGCUUUCCGAAGAAAUAGCUUAGUAGCGACUUUGGAACCGCAUCUCUGACAACUGAGACUCGAGAGACGCGAACAGCCCAUGAGACUGGAAUACGUUUAACAAAGCUAGCCGCGUGCCUCGAACGAAGAGACCUCCCAAGACUUCAGACACCUAAAGGUUACUUAUCGAAACACUUCAAUAGAACAAGGGGAGAGAUUUGAAACAAAGGGACAGGGAUGACUAAGACGAGUUAUGCUUAGAUGGAUCCGGGGAUGGCUAAAACAUCUUUAAUCUGCUUGGGUAGGCUGGGAGGCCUCCUCAGUCCCUAAGGCUGAGCAAGAUGCAUCAACAGCUACAUUUACCAUGGUAGCAGGGUGCUUGUUUUCUUCAAUCCGGGGUGGACCAUGAUCGACCUCCAUUUGAAGCUACAAAGUCAGCAUCCAAAAAUGGUUUUGGCACACAACUGAUGUGGGACUAAACUCGUGUCACCUUCCCCAGAAAGGGUGGGAAAUUGGCGUGGGUUUUAAUCCUCCUAGAGCCAAAACUCAUAUUUUUUUAUCUAAUUAUCGUGACUUUCCUAAAAUGUCAAUGAAGGAUUAAGCAACUAGAAUCGCUAAAUCAACGGCAAAAAUCUUGUCAACGUGAUUCGUAGAGCAUUAUUACUAAAAUUGUUGAACAAUUCAUGAUUAAAGGAUCACAAAUCCAUCGAGUAAACCAUCUCUAAUUGAUCGACAAAGAAGUCAUCGUCGGAAAGAGGACGAUCCAUCAAGAAAUGAGUUGUCACCUCCUGAGAGCGUACCAGAUAUGUUGAAGAGCCUCUUCUUGGUAUGCGGACAUGAGGAUGAAGCUCCUUGACACGCGCCCCACCUCCAUCUAGCUCAUCUUCGUUAGGUGAUAGCUACCACAAAGUCGUCAGUUUUCUACUCCGCCGGGCGAUAGCCACUAGGGAUGAUUCAAUGACCCAUUUUAUUGAUCUCUAAACUUUCCAAGGAGAUCUACAGAUUGCCCACGUCAUCUUUGUCAAAGGAGAGCCUUUAAGACUAUGGACACGGCACGACUUCUGGUGCAUUGCCGACACAUCAUCGACACAUCGCCAUCACGACGUCGGAACUCUAGUUUUUUGCUUUCAACUUAAUUUUUAUUUCAUUUAGUGAUAAUUUGUUGAUUUUAAAUUUACCAGGUUAUACUUCAUUUCAUUACGAUUCUUCUGACUUUUAUAGAUCUUAAUUUGAUCAAUUAAAUCAUUUGUAAUCGCUUAUGUAAGAAUCACCAAGUGGAACUCUAUUUCUGUCCAAUUCGCGUUUGCCAGGAACUGACGUCAUCUUGACAUUCAUACCCUUAUUUCUCUUUUUUAUGAAUUUUAAAUAUAUAUAUUUUUUAUUUUUUAGUAUAAAAUUUAUAGAAAAUAAUAUUCUUUGAAGAAAAUUUUGAAUAAUUACUAGAUAUUAUUACAUCCUUGUAAUCGACUUGGAAAAUUACCACUAUUUUUGGAAGUUUUAUUGAAUUAUACUUAAUAUAUUUGUUUAGAAUACUUCUAAAUUUUCAAAAAUUCAUAUUUUCUAGUUUUAUAAAUUGUCAAUUUAUGUGAUUUACUAUACAAUGACUAAGUCACAUCAAAUUUUUGUGCCAUUGCUGGGAAUGUAUUACAUAAUAUUUAGUAUUUUUUUAUUUUUCUCUUAGAGUACACAAAAAAAAUUAACUCUUAUUUUAUUUUCUUUUUUUAUUGAAUUAUUCUUUUUAGAAAAAGAGAACAAAAAGAAGCAAGGCAAGGACUGGAGCAUACUGAAGGAGGGUAACAUUUACUAAACUUUUCCCUCAAAAUUAUUAUUUUUUUAUACAUGGUAGAAGAUCCUUACAUCUAAGGCUAGAAAAUCCUUUCAUUAUUUCAUUCAAAACUAAAAAUCCGAAAGAAAAAUUAAUUUUGAUAGAUCUUGAAGUAUAAGUCCAAUUGAGAGCAAUCCUAUGGCUAUGAAAAAUCAUUAUAUCCCUGAUUCAUUUCAAAGAGCAUCCAAUAUUAAAGUCCCAUUAGCACCCACUGUUAAAUUCAAAAUAAAUCCAGAAAAUUUUCAAAUGCUCCCUAAUAAGUCUUCAUUAUCAUGAGUUAAUAAUUAGUAAAUAAUAUAGUUUUAGCCUCAACUCAUGAUAAAUAGACUUAUAUUUGUGUUAAAAAAUAAUUUAUGGUUUUUAGUUGAUUAAUGUAAAUUUUUGGGUAAUUAUGUGAUUUUAUACAAUUUUUACAAUCUUACUUUUGAGAUAAAUGAAGAACAAGAAAUAAAAAUAAAAAUAUUAUAAAAUGGGGGACCCGCCGGCCAACCGAGCCCGCAAGCGGGUUGGAAGUGCAGUCGGGGAGUAGCUGCAAGCAGGGGCUCAAGCGGCUUAGAUUGGACCAAUAGGGGCACGUGUACACCACUCCCCUUCCACGUCACCGGUGGCCAAUUUGCUGUGGGGCAACGAGUGGUCGUACAUACGAGAGAAGAGACUUUGCUUAUAAAGCUAACAUUACUAGAUAUUUGUCUGAAAAGUUGGUGCACAACCGAUGUGGGACUAAACCUGCAUCACAUUUCCUCACAGGCAGGUGAUAAGUCUUCAUUAUCAUGAGUUAAUAAUUAGUAAAUAAUAUAGUUUUAGCCUUAACUCAUGAUAAAUAGACUUAUAUUUGUGUUAAAGAAUGAUUUAUGGUUUUCAAUUGAUUAACAUGAAUUUUUGGGUAAUUAUGUGAUUUUAUAUGAUUUUUACAGUCUUACUUUUGAGAUAAAUGAAGAACAAGAAAUAAAAAUAAAAAUAUCACAAAAAUGGGGAGACCCACCGGCCAGCCGUGCCCGCAAGCAGGUCGGAAGCGCAGUUGGGGAGUAAGCCACGAGCAGGGGCUCGAGCGGCUUGGCUUGGGGACCGACAAGGCACGCGUACGCCACCCCCUUUCCACGUCACGGGUGGCUAGCCGGCUGUGGGGCAAGGAGUGGUCAUAUACGCGAGAGAAGGGACUUUGCUCAGAAAGUUAACAGUACUAUAUAUUCGCUCGAAAAAUCGGCGUACAACUGAUGUGGGACUAAACCCCCGUCACACCUUCCUCAGAAGAGGCGGGCGACCGGCGCGGGUUCGAAUCCUUCCAGAGUCAAAAUUCAUAUACUUUUAUUUGAUUAUCACGACUUUCCUGCAGAUCGCCGGUGAAGGAUUAAGCAACGAGAAUCACUGGAUCAUCGGCGAAAAUCUCAUCAACGCAAUUCGCAGAGCAUUGCUACUUAAAUUGCUGAACGAUUCGCGAUAAAAGGAUCGUGAAUCCAUCGAGUAAAUCAUCUUCGAUUGAUCGACGAACAAGCCGUCGUCGGGAAGAAGACGAUCCGCCGGGAGACCACUCGCAACCUUUUGAGAGCGUGCCAGAUGCGAUGAAGAGCCUCCUCUUGCUGCGUGGACCUGAGGAUGAAGCUCCCUAACACACGCCCCACCUCCAUCCAGCUUCUCUUCAUCGGGUGAUAGCCACCGGAGAGCCGCAAAGUCGCCGUUUUUCCGCUCCGCCAGGUGACACCCGCCGGAGAUGAUUCGACGACCCACUUCAUUGAUCUCUAGACUUUGCGAGAAGAUCUAGAGAUUGCCCACGUUGUCUUUGUCCAAAGAGAGCCUUCGAGGCCGUGGACACUACACGACGAUCAUCCCGAACGCUCAGGAUUUUGAUGCAUCACCGACGCAUCACCGUCGUGACGCCGGAACUCUGUUUUCCUACUUUCAAUUUAAUUUACGCUUCAUUUAGUGAUACUUUGUGUGAUUUUAAUUUACCAAACUAUACUUCGUUCAAUUAUGAUUCUUCCAAUUUUUACAGAUCUUAAUUUGAUUAAUUAAGUCGUCUGUAAUCUCUUACUGACGUGACUCAGUCAUUGUAUGUUAAAUCACGCAAAUAUAAAAUUUAUAAAACUAGAAAAUACGAAUUUUUGGAUAUUUAGAAGUAUUUCUAAAUAAAUAUAUCAAUUAUAAUUCAAUAAAAAUUCCAAAAAUAGCGGAAAUUUUCCAGGUCGAUCACAGGGACGUAAUAUAAUAUCUGGUAAUUAUUCAGAAUUUUUCUCAAUGAGUACGAUUUUCUUAAAAAUUUUAUACAAGAAAAUAAAAAGGAAAUAUAUUUAAAAUUCACGAAAAAAAAGAAAUAAGGGUGCGGACGUCAGGAUGACGUCAGCGCCAGGCGAAUGCAAAUCAGGCAGAAAUAGAGUUCCGCCCGGUGAUUCUUACGUAGGCGAUUACAGACGACUCAAUUAAUCAAAUUAAGAUCUGUAAAAGCCGGAAGAAUCGUAAUUGAACGAAGUAUAGUUUGGUAAAUUAAAAUCAACAAAGUAUCACUAAAUGAAGCGUAAAUUAAAUUGAAAGCAGGAAAACAGAGUUCCGGCAUCGCGACGGCGAUGCAUCGGCGAUGCACCGGAAUCUUGAGCGUUCGGGAGGAUCGUUGUGCAGUGUCCAUGGCCUCGAAGGCUCUCCUUGGACAAAGACGACGUGGGCAAUCUCUAGAUCUUCUCGCAAAGUCUAGAGAUCAAUGAAGUGGGUCGUCGAAUCGUCUCUGGCGGCUGUCACCCGGCAGAGCGGAAAAACGGCGACUUUGCGGCUCUCCAGCGGCUGUCACCCGAUGGAGAGGAGCUGGAUGGAGGUGGGGCGCGUGUUAGGGAGCUUCAUCCUCAGGUCCGCGCAGCAAGAGGAGGCUCUUCAUCGCAUCUGGUACGCUCUCAGGAGGUGGCGACUGGUCUCCCGGCGGAUCGUCCUCUUCCCGACGACGACUUGUUCGUCGAUCAAUCGGAGAUGAUUUACUCGAUGGAUUCGCGAUCCUUUUAUCGCGAAUCGUUCAGCAAUUUUAGUAGCAAUGCUCCGCGAAUCGCGUUGACGAGAUUUUCGCCGAUGAUCCAGCGAUUCUCGUUGCUUAAUCCUUCACCGGCGAUCUGCAGGAAAGUCGCGAUAAUCAGAUAAAAAUAUAUGGAUUUUGACUCUGGGAGGAUUCGAACCCGCGCCGGUCGCCCGCCUCUGAGGAAGGUGUGACGGGGGUUUAGUCCCACAUCGGUUGUGCGCCGAUUUUUCGGGCGAAUAUAUAGUAAUGUUAGAUUUGUGAGCAAACUCCCUUCUCUCACAUGUACGACCACUCCUUGCCCCACAGCCGGCUGGCCACCGGUGACGUGGAAGGGGAGUGGCGCACACGUGCCCCUAUCGGUCCAAGCUAAGCCGCUCGAGCCCCUGCUCGCGGCUACUCCCCGACUGCGCUUCCGACCUGCUUGCGGGCCCGGCUGGCCGGCGGGUCCCCCCAUUUUACAAUAUUUUUAUUUUUAUUUCUUGUUCUUCAUUUAUCUCAAAAGUAAGACUGUAAAAAUCGUAUAAAAUCACAUAAUUACCCAAAAAUUCACAUUAAUCAACUGAAAACCACUUUUCACACUUUAACACAAAUAUAAGUCUAUUUAUCAUGAGUUAAGGCUAAAACUAUAUUAUUUACUAAUUAUUAACUCAUGAUAAUGAAGACUUAUCACACCCCCCAACUUAAAUCAUUGCUAGUCCCUUAGCAAUGGAAUUACGAAAAUAAAAAUUUACAAAUCUCAAACAUCAUAUUUCAAUACAGAAAAAAAUAAUAAUUAGAAAUGAUGCACCAUUAAACACUUUGGAUUCUUAUAUCAAGUAUUUAAGAAUGAUGCCAAGGACUUAAAUGUUUAAACACUCCUUGGAAUAACAAUCUAGACUUCACUUCUUCUAUUCACAUUAUUAUCACUUCUUCACUCAUAGAUGUAUUUACAAGAUGUUCCAAUUAUCAAUACUCAUCCAAGAAUAAUAUUGAUCUUACAUUUCCCUUUUUCUAUGACUUGAUUUUUGAAGUUUGCACUAUAUUUCUUCCUUUUUUUUUUUUUAAAUAGUGGAUAAGUAGCUUUUCUUGUAGACAAAUUUCGACAAUAAGAAUGAUGUCUCACACCCUCCAUGUGUACUCUUCAUUUUCAGGGCUUUCACUUUAUCCACUUAUUUUUCAGCAAGUGUUUUUCUAUGCACGAUUUUCGACAAUGAGAAUGAUGUCUCACACCCUCCAUGUGUACUCUUCGUUUCUAGAUUUUUCACAUUACUUUCUCUUUUUUUUUUUUUCGAAAUAAGUGAUUUCUCCUCACAAGUCCUAUAGAUCAGGGUGCAAAAAUCUCCAUUAAACUCAAAUGAUCAAUCAAAUUUUCACAUCAAGUAAAUACUAUCCAUCAAGAUCAUGAAGUGAAAAUCUACAAAAUCAAAUCCAUGUUAUCUAUCAUGUAUCCAAGGAGUAUUCCAACAUUUUAUGCUACUAGAUCAUUCUUUUGACUCAAUAAUAAUCUUCCUAGUAUCUUUUGGUAUCAAUCAAUCUAAUUGAUUUAAUUUUUCAUGCAUGUAAUAUGAUGUAAGGAAUUUGUAAAUUAGAUAGUUCUAACAAUUCCGUUUUCUGUUUUCAGUUCUAUUUUUACCAGCAAUAAAUUUGUCAAAAAUAAAUCAAAGCUAUCUUCUUUAUAGCUGUAAUUUCGAAUUUCAGUAAUAUAUAUCCAGGGGAUUGAAAUGUGAGAAAAGGGUCUUCUAGAAUUUCAAAUUUCGGGCUGUUUUUUGUCUACUGUUUUUGAUAGUCUGUUGUUUCUGACAGAAAACCAGAAAAUAGAUGUUACAAUUUUUCCGAAUUUUAUUUUAUUUUUAUUUUUUUAGUUGCUGUUCUAAGUUGAAUAAAAUGCAAACACAUGUUCUUAAUCGUCCUACAGCAUAAAUUAAUAAUGAAUACUUCACCCCCCAACUUAAAAAUGACAUUGUCCUCAAUGACACAGAAAACUCGAAACAGAAUAUGCAGAAAAUAUAAUUUUCAAGUGAAGCAUGCAUAUCUGCAAAGUUAAGCAUUAAAAAUAUUUUCAUAAAUGAUGAAGCUCAGAAAGACAUCACCUCAACCUCGUUUUUAAUUUUCCACUUCAUCUUAUACUCCUGCACUUUUUCGACAGAAAAAAACAAAUACAGAAACAAGUAGUGCGAAAUUCUAAGAAAAACAGAGCUAAAAAAAAAUCAAACAGAAUGAAAUAAAAACCAUGGGUUGCCUCCCAUGCAGCGCUGAAUUUAAUGUCUCCAGCUGGACUCCUUGGUCUUACUCUUGAAUUUCUUUUAAUAAUAAAAUUUCUUUUUCUACAAGGCGUUCAUGUUCUAUGUAAUGUUUAAGCCGCUGUCCAUUUACCUUAAAGUUAUGAUCACUUUUAGGAUCUUUAAUCAUUACAGCCCCAUGAUCAUAUGUCUCUUCCACCACAUAAGGCCCUUUCCAUUUUGAUUUUAAUUUUCCUGGGAAUAAUUUCAGCCUAGAAUCAUAUAACCACACUUUUUGUCCAACAUCAAAUUUUUUUCUACUAAUGUAUUUAUCAUGGAAAGUUUUAGUUUUUUCUUUAUAUAUUCUAUAAUUUUCAUAAGCUUCAUUCCUCAACUCCUCUAAUUCAUGUAGCUGAAAAAUUCUAUGCCCACCAGCUGAUUUCUCAUCCAUACAUAAAUUUUUUAUAGCCCAUAACGCUUUAUGCUCUAUUUCCACAAGAAGAUGACAUGGCUUUCCAAAAAUGAGACGAAAUGGGGACAUACCUAUGGGAUUUUUAUAAGCUGUUCUAUAAGCCCAUAAUGCAUCUUGUAAUUUCGUGGGCCAAUCUUUCCUAUCUAGUCUAACUAUUUUUCUCAAAAUUCUCUGAAUUUCCCUAUUUGCUACUUCAGCUUGCCCAUUUGUUUGGGGAUGAUAUGGAGUGGCUACUUUGUGGUGUACUCCAUUCUUUUUCAACAGUUCCCUGAAAUGUUUAUUUGUAAAAUGUGUUCCUCCAUCACUAAUAAUCACUCUAGGACAUCCAAAUCUCGAAAAAAUAUUUUCCUACACAAAUUUCAUCACGAUUUUAUGAUCAUUAGUUCUAGUAGGAAUAGCUUCAACCCACUUUGACACAUAAUCAACAGCAAGCAAAAUAUAUUCAUAUUUUUCAGCUGAUGGGAAGGGACCCAUGAAAUCUAUUCCCCAUACAUCAAAAAUUUCGACUACUGACAUGUUACUCAUGGGCAUUUCCUCUAUUUUACUCAUGUUACCUAUAGAUUGGCAUGAAAUACAUGUUCUACUAAAUUCUAUAGAAUCUCUAAUGAUUGUAGGCCAAUAAAAACCACAUUGGAAAAAUUUUGCAGCUGUUUUUCGUCGAGAGAAAUGUCCUCCAUAGUUAGAUGAAUGGCACAUGUUAAUAAUGCUAUGAUAUUCUUCUUCAGGAACACAUCUCCUUAAAAUUUGAUCAUUGCCCAAGUAAUAUAAAUCAAGAUCAUGCCAAAAAUAAUUUCUAAUCUUAGAAAAUAAAUGAUUUUUUCUGUUCUUAUCCCAUUGUUCUGGAGUUUUCCCAGAAACCAGAAAAUUAACAAUAUGUGCAUACCAUGGUGAUGGUUGAUGUUGAGCUGCCAUCAAUUGUUCAUCUGGAAAUGCGUCUUGUAAAGGUGCUGCAUUUAUUCCUGUAUCACUUAAUCUAGAAAGAUGGUCAGCAACAACAUUCUCGAAACCAUUUUUAUCUUUUAUUUCUAAGUCAAAUUCUUGCAACAAUAAAAUCCAUCUUAAUAAACGUGGCUUUGCAUCUUUCUUAUUUAACAGAUAUUUUAAUGCUGCAUGAUCAGUAUAAAUAAUAAUUUUAGCUCCCAAAAUAUAUGAUCUAAACCUUUCUAACGAAAAUACUACAGCUAACAAUUCUUUUUCAGUCGUGGUAUAAUUUAAUUGAGCAUCAGAUAUAGUUUUACUAGCAUAUGAAAUUACUAUGGGUUUUGACUCUUUUGUUUGUCCUAGAACGGCCCCCACUGCAUAAUUCGAUGCAUCACACAUUAUUUCAAAGGGAAGGGAUCAAUCAGGAGCUUGUAAAAUGGGUGCCUCAGUAAGUAAUCUUUUUAUUUUGGAAAAAGACUCAAAACAUUUCUCAUCAAAAUUAAAAGGCACAUCUUUAGAUAAUAGCAUGGUGAGAGGUUUGGAAAUUUUCAAAAAAUCUUGAAUAAAUUUUCUGUAAUAACCUGCAUGACCCAAGAAAUAUCUAAUCUGUUUUAUUGAAUUCAGAGGUUUCAUUUUAGAUAUAAUAUCAAUUUUUGCUCUAUCCACCUCUAAACCCUUUUCACUCACAAUAUGACCCAACACAACUCCCUCUUUAACCAUAAAAUGUGAUUUCUCCCAACUCAAAACUAAUUUUUUCUCUAUGCAUUUCUCAAGUACAUGCUGUAAAUGAUUUAAGCAUUCAUCAAAUGAUUCACCAAAAACAGAAAAAUCGUCCAUAAAAAUUUCUAUGCAUUUUCCAAUCAUAUCAGAAAAAAUAGAUAGCAUACAUCUUUGAAAUGUGGCUGGAGCAUUACACAGACCAAAAGGCAUGCAUUUAAAAGCAAAAGAACCAAAUGGACAAGUGAAAGUUGUUUUUUCUUGAUCUAAAGGGUUUAUUUAAAUUUGAUUAUAACCAGAGUAUUCAUCCAGAAAACAAAAAAGUUUUUUUCCAGCUAAUUUUUCUAGAAUUUGAUCAGUAAAUGGUAGGGGAAAAUGAUCUUUUCUAGUAACUGAAUUUAAUUUUCUAUAAUCAAUGCAAACUCUCCAACCGGUAGUUAGUCUUGUUUGUAUUUCCUCCCCAUUUUCGUUUUUUAUAACCGUGAUCCCUGAUUUUUUUGGCACUACUUGUGUAGGACUAACCCAUUUGCUAUCUAAAAUAGGGUAAAUAAUAUCAGCAGCCAGCCACUUUAAAAUUUCUUUUUUUACAAUUUCCAUCAUGUUAGGAUUUAAUCUUCGUUAUGGUUCCCUGCUAGUUCUAGCCCCCUCCUCUAAAUAUAUACUAUGCAUGCAUACUCUCAUAUCAAUGCCCCUUAGAUCGUCCAUUUUCCAGCCCAUAGCCUUCUUAUUUUUUCGAAGUACAUCUAAUAAUUCUUCUUCCUAUUCAUUACUCAAAUCAGCUGCAAUAAUAAUAGGAAAUGAAUUAUUUUCCUCCACAAACAUAUAUUUUAAACUAGAGGGAAGAGGUUUCAACUCUAAAUUCAGAUGAUCUUCCUCUUUCUUUUCUUCUAAAUUUAUAUUCUCUAUUUCCUCUAAUUCUUCUAGCACACAGUCAUCAAUAACAUCUGGAUCAUCAAAAUCAUCUAGAAGAUCGAUGAUAUGACAAUCAUAUACUUGGGAUUUCUUAAGAUCAUUUGAUACCUCAAAAAUUUUAAUUUCUACUGAUUGAUCUCCACAUGAAAUUUUCGCAAUACCUGUGGGAAAAUCAAUAUUCAUCUUUGCUGUAUGCAAAAAUGGUCUCCCUAGGAUGAUUGGUGUAUCAUAAAACUGUCCAUUAAAAUCCAUUUCCAGCACUACAAAAUCAGCUGGAAAUUUACACCCUUUAACUGUCACUAUCACAUUUUCUAAGAUACCUUUAGGAUGUUUUAUGGAUCUAUCAGCAAAUUGUAAGGUAACAGUAGAAGGUUUAAGAUCAGAAAUAUUAAAUUUAUCACAAAUACUUGCAGGUAAUAAAUUAAUACUAGCACCGGUGUCAAGUAAUGCAUUCUGAAAAAUGAAUCCACCAAUAUCACACGAAAUUAAAGGGGCACAUGUAUCUCUCAAUUUAAAUGGUAAUUGAUUUAAUAAUAAUGCACUAGCAUGCAUAGAUAAUUUUUCUACUCUAGGUGCCCUUUUUGGUGUACACAUUUCUUUCAAAACUCUAGCAUAUUCAGGAAUAUGUUCAAUGGCAGUGAGUAAAGGAAGACUAAUUUGCACAUCUUGUAAAAUUUUCUUUAUUUCUUCAUUGUGUUCCUUUUUCUUUCUUUGUCUAGGCUCCAGAGCUUUAGGAAAUGGAAUGGUUGUCCUCUCUUUCGAAAUUUCUUUGGUAGAAUCUAUAAAAUCCUCUUCUACUCCUAUUUGAUUUUGUUUUGGGUUGUCCACAUUUUCUUUUUCUUCUAAUGUUUGGGGAUAAGGAUCAGGUAAGAUCUUACCACUCCUUAAUGCAUUCACUGUCCUAACAUUUUCAUUUUGUGGGUUUUUUCCUAGAUUCAUGCUACUAGACUCCCCAUGCUGAAAUCCUAUUGUUGGGCGGUUCCCUGGAUUUUCUAUGGGCUGACUAGGUAGCUGUCCCUCUUCUCUCUUAUUCCCAACGGCCUCUAUAAUUUGUUUCUGGUGCUGCAUCAUUUGAUUCAUAGUUUGUUGCAUCAUUUGAUUCAUAGUUUGUUGCAUCAUUUGGCUCAUUUGCUGCAUCAUUUCCAUAGCGUCAGGUUGGAUUUGAGAGGGCUGAUUUUUCUGAAAUCUAUUUUCUUGUUUUGGACGAAAUUCAGAGUUUGAAUUGGGUCUAAGUGCUUCUGGAUUUUGAAUAUUAUUUGGGUCUCUCCAUGAAAAAUUAUUCCUCCAAUUAGGAUUAUAAGAAUUUGAAAAUUUUUCCCUAUUUCUAUUAAAACCGUGAGCUACUUGCACUUGUUCUUGCAUAGGGUGAAAUGAUUUAUCUAAAUUAUAACAUUGAAGUUCAGAAUAAUCAUUUUCACCAUACAUAGGACAUGUACUAUUCGAAUUAAGUUGAGGGUUAAAAGGCUUUCUAAUAUUAUCAAUAAGUAAAUCAUUUUUUUCUAAUCUUUGAUUAAUCUGAUUAACCUCAUUUCUAAGUUUAGAAUCAUCAUCAUGAUGCAAUUCAUAAAUUCCUCUCUUCUUAUCCCUGUCAUAUAAUUCAAAAGAGGCUUGAUCUCUAGAAUUUUCACUUAAAUUCUCAUAAAGAUUGUAAAUCUCAUCAAGAGUUUUCUCCAUAAAAGCUCCUCCACAUAUAGAAUCAAUCAUAUUUCUAUGUUGUUCUAAUAAUCCAUCAUAAAAAAUUCUAUUGAGCUGCCACUUGGGUAUAGCAUGAUGAGGACACUUUCUAAGUAAAUCUUUGAAUUUUUUCCAUGUCUCAUGCAAAGUUUCUCCUGGUCUUUGAGAAAAACUCCAUAUAUGUUUUCUCAUAUUUUGAGUUUUUCCUAAGGGAUAAAAUUUUCGAAGAAAGGCCUGUUCUAUAUCUUUCCAGCUAGUUAAUUCUCUAUCCAAUGUGGAUAGCCAAUGACUAGCUUUGUCCCUAAGUGUAUGAGGGAAUAAUUUCAUCUUAAUAAUUUCCGGUGUAACUUGAGGGAAAUUAACUAAAUCACAAACCAUAUGAAAUUUUUCUAAGUGCUGAUGAGGUUCCUCUAAAGGCAAUCCAUGAAAAUUAGGGAGCAUUUGAAAAAUUACUGGAUUUAUUUCGAAUUUAACAGUGGGUGAUAAUGGGACUCUAAUAUUAGAUGCUCUUUGAAAUGAAUCAGGGAUAUAAUGAUUUUUCAUUGCCAUAGGAUUGUUCUUAGUUUGACCUGUACUUCCUUCAAGAUCCAUCAAAAUUAAUUUUUCUUUCAGAUUUUUAUUUUUGAAUGAAAUAAUGAAAGGAUUUUCUAGCCUUGGAUAUAAUGAUCUUCUACCAUGCAUAAAAAUCAAUAAAUUCGAGGGAAAAAGUUAGUAACUGUUACCCUCCUUCAGGAUGCUCCAGUCCUUGCCGUGCUUCUUUUCGUUCCCUCUUUUUAAUAAAAAUCGGUAAAAAGAAAAUAAAACAAGAAUAAAGUUUUUUUUUUUUUUUUGUGUACUCUAAGAGAAAAACAGAAAAAUACUAAAUAUUAUGCAAUACAUCCCCGGCAACGGCGCCAAAAUUUGACGUGACUCAGUCGUUGUAUGUUAAAUCACGCAAAUAUAAAAUUUAUAAAACUAGAAAAUACGAAUUUUUGGAUAUUUAGAAGUAUUUCUAAAUAAAUAUAUCAAUUAUAAUUCAAUAAAAAUUCCAAAAAUAGCGGUAAUUUUCCAGGUCGAUCACAGGGACGUAAUAUAAUAUCUGGUAAUUAUUCAGAAUUUUUCUCAAUGAGUACAAUUUUCUUAAAAACUUUAUACAAGAAAAUAAAAAGGAAAUAUAUUUAAAAUUCACGAAAAAAAAGAAAUAAGGGUGCGGACGUCAGGAUGACGUCAGCGCCAGGCGAACGCGAAUCAGGCGGAAACAGAGUUCCGCCCGGUGAUUCUUACGAAGGCGAUUAUAGACGACUCAAUUAAUCAAAUUAAGAUCUGUAAAAGCCGGAAGAAUCGUAAUUGAACGAAGUAUAGUUUGGUAAAUUAAAAUCAACAAAGUAUCACUAAAUGAAGCGUAAAUUAAAUUGAAAGUAGGGAAACAGAGUUCCGGCGUCGCGACGGCGAUGCGUCGGCGAUGCACCGAAAUCCUGAGCGUUCGGGAGGAUUGUCAUGCAGUGUCCACGGCCUCGAAGGCUCUCCUUGGACAAAGACGACGUGGGCAAUCUCUAGAUCUUCUCGCGAAGUCUAGAGAUCAAUGAAGUGGGUCGUCGAAUCGUCUCCGGCGGCUGUCACCCGGCGGAGCGGAAAAACGGCGACUUUGCGGCUCUCCGGCGGCAUUCACCCGAUGGAGAGGAGCUGGAUGGAGGUGGGGCGCAUGUUAGGGAGCUUCAUCCUCAAGUCCACGCAGCAAGAGAAGGCUCUUCAUCGCAUCUGGUACGCUCUCAGGAGGUGGCGACUGGUCUCCCGGCGGAUCGUCCUCUUCCCGACGACGGCUUGUUUGUCGAUCAAUCGGAGAUGAUUUACUCAAUGGAUUCGCGAUCCUUUUGUCGCGAAUCGUUCAGCAAUUUUAGUAGCAAUGCUCCGCGAAUCGCGUUGACGAGAUUUUCGCCGAUGAUCCAGCGAUUCUUGUUGCUUAAUCCUUCACCGGCGAUCUGCAGGAAAGUUGCGAUAAUCAGAUAAAAAUAUAUGAAUUUUGACUCUAGAAGGAUUCGAACCCGCGCCAGUCGCCCCGCCUCUUCUGAGGAAGGUGUGGGUUUAGUCCCACAUCGGUUGUACGCCGAGUUUUCGGGUGAAUAUAUAAUAUUGUUAGAUUUGUGAGCAAAGUCCCUUCUCUCGCGUGUACGACCACUCCUUGCCCCACAGCCGGCUGGCCACCGGUGACGUGGAAGGGGAGUGGUGUACGCGUGCUUGUCAGUCCCCAAGCCAAGCCGCUCGAGCCCCUACUUGCGACCUACUCCCCGACUGUGCUUCCGACCCGCUUGCGGGCACGGCGGGUCCCCCCAUUUUUGCAAUAUUUUAUUUUUAUUUCUUGUGUUUCAUUUAUCUCAAAAGUAAGACUGUAAAAAUCGUAUAAAAUCACAUAAUUACCCAAAAAUUCACGUUAAUCAAUUGAAAACCAAAAACCAUUCUUUAACACAAAUAUAAGUCUAUUUAUCAUGAGUUAAGGCUAAAACUAUAUUAUUUACUAAUUAUUAACUCAUGAUAAUGAAGACUUAUCACUUACGUAAGAAUCACCGGGCGAAACUCUAUUUCUACCUGAUUCACGUUCGUCAGGCACUGACGUCAUCUUGACGUCCGCACCCUUAUUUCCUUUUUUUCGUGAAUUUUAAAUAUAUUUCCUUUUUAUUUCCUAGUAUAAAAUUCGUAAGAAAAUCGUAUUCAUUGAGAAAAAUUCUGAAUAAUUACCAGAUAUUAUAUUACAUCCUUGUGAUCAACUUGGAAAAUUACCACUAUUUUUGGAAUUUUUAUUGAAUUAUAAUUGAUAUAUUUAUUUAGAAAUACUUCUAAAUAUCCAAAAAUUCGUAUUUUCUAGUUUUAUAAAUUUAAUAUUGGCGUGAUUUAAUAUACAACGACGGAGUCACGUCAAAUUUUGGCGCCGUUGUGAGGGAUGUAUUGCAUAAUAUUUAGUAUUUUUCUGUUUUUCUCUUAGAGUACACAAAAAAAAAAAAAAAACUUUACACUUAUUUUGUUUUCUUUUUACUGAUUUUUAUUGAAAGAUGAGAACGAAAAGAAGCACGGCAAGGACUGGAGCAUCCUGAAGGAGGGUAAUAGUUACUAACUUUUUCCCUCGAAUUUAUUGAUUUUUAUGCAUGGUAGAAGAUCCUUGCAUCCAAGGCUAG